GCUAAACAUAAGGAAGAAGAAGAGCGUGCCUUCCCUCUUCCCUACCUUCGAGUUCUUGUGGCGCCGAACAUUCGUCGACAUGACACUUGAAGGGAUUCUCUCUCCCCACGGACGGAUACACGUAAAAUCCCCAUUGGUGGCGCUGCAGCAGUUCCACCGAUGUACUUAUGCUUGUCAUUCAAGGAGAAUAUUCGGAGGAACCGGGAACGUUUAGACUCCGGGAACGCAUGGUAUUUACCGAGUCUUGAGUCAUAGCGUCGACAAGGUAUCCAUGUAAUAACUCGGACCGCACAGGCCUCUACAUUCUCGCAGCAGUAUAUUACAAGUUUACCAUCAAAUGACGGAGGUUCAACAGCAUACUCUCGGAUUCGGGCGCUGGCAGGGCAAGGUGGGAAAAACACGGAAAAUCCCAGAGUUAUACAGCACCGGUACGCGAGCUUCUAACCUUAGCUCCACUCCAGUUUCAGGAAGGAGAAUGUUAAUCCCGCCCCUUGGGCGGACAUCGGUUUCUGGCCUAACGGAAAUACCCAUUCCCGACCCCGCCUUUGUGCCGGAUUAGGAUUAGGGAGAGAUCGAUAAUCGAUCAAGCUCGGAUACACCCGCAACUAGUAUAAAAUCCACUGCACCACACCUUGCUCCUUCAUUUUUUUUUUCUUUUUCUUUUUUUACCUCCCACCAAAUCUGGUCUAUCAUUUCGUGGUCUCCCCUCCCUUCCCACAACAACCCGCCACUAUAUCUCUCCCGAAGGGAGAUUGAUUAACGGUUUUUUGGCGCUGACCUACUCUGUUUGGCUUGUUGUUGGAGGUCCAGCGGUGGUGUUUCCGAUUUGUUUGUGGUGGCUCUCCCCUUCCCCCCCCUGGUGAG